AUGGGCUGCAUCCAGAGCAUCGCCUGUAACAAGUCGCGCAUCAAGCGGGAGAACAUCGUGGUGUACGACCUGUCCGCCACCAUCGACCACUGCCCGACCGUCAUCGAGGAGAACUCGCCCAUCGUGCUCCGGUACAAGACGCCCUAUUUCAAGGCGUCCGCGCGGAUUGUGAUGCCCCCCAUUCCGCGCAACGAGACCUGGGUGGUGGGCUGGAUCCAGGCGUGCACCCAGAUGGAAUUUUACAACACCUACGGAGACGUCGGCAUGUCCAGCUGGGAGCUUCCUCAGCUCAGAGAAGGUCUGGUGAGGGCCAUCAGCGACUCAGACGGCGUGAGCUACCCCUGGUACGGAAACACGACCGAGACGGUCACCAUCGUCGGCCCCACGUCCAAACCGUCCCGCUUCGUCGUCAGCAUGAAUGACAAUUUCUACCCCAGCGUCACCUGGGCGGUGCCGGUCAGCGAAUCCAACACGCCCUUACUGACUAACAUCAAAAGGGACCAGAGCUUCACCACGUGGCUGGUGGCGCUCAACACCACGUCCAGGGAAAAGAUCCUCCUCCACACCAUCAAGUGGAGGAUGAGGGUGGACAUCGCCGUGGACCCGUCCCUGCCUCUGGGCUCCAGGGCUCGGCUGCUGGGCCGGGUGCACCAGGACCAGCCCAGGGUGCUGACCCGCAUGGAGCCCAUCCCUCCCAACGCCAUGGGGAGGCCCAACGCCAACGACGCCCAGGUUCUGAUGUGGAGGCCGAGGAGAGGCCCGCCGCUCGUCGUCAUACCGCCCAAGUAG